CCCGUUUGGGCCCGCUGUGGGAUUUUUCCCGUCAGCUCCCAGGUCCACCCCAGUGGGGACAGGCUCAGGCGGCACUCCUGUCCCGCGCUCCCGCCCUCUUGCCUUUCAUUCCAGCCACCAAGAUCUUGGAAGCUUUGAAGCCCAGCAAAGAAGGGAAAAAUCCACUGAGAAGAGCCUGGAAAGGUGCCCUGGGACAACCUGCUUGGUCACACCUCUGCAAAAACUCUCCAUCUUGCACUGAGGACCCCAAGGAGCUUUCACUGUGAGACCAUGUCGUUUAGAUUUGGCCAACAUCUCAUCAAGCCCUCUGUGGUUUUUCUCAAAACUGAACUGUCCUUCGCCCUGGUGAAUAGGAAGCCCGUUGUACCUGGUCAUGUCCUCGUGUGCCCGCUGAGGCCAGUGGAGCGCUUCCGUGACCUACGUCCUGAUGAAGUGGCUGAUUUGUUUCAAGUGACCCAGAGAGUUGGGACAGUGGUGGAGAAGCACUUCCAGGGGACCUCCAUCACCUUCUCCAUGCAAGAUGGUCCUGAAGCUGGACAGACUGUGAAGCAUGUACAUGUCCACGUUCUCCCCAGGAAGGCAGGGGACUUCCCCCGGAAUGACAACAUCUAUGAUGAGCUCCAGAAACAUGACAAAGAAGAGGACUCACCAGCCUUUUGGAGAUCUGAGGAGGAGAUGGCUGCAGAGGCCAAGGCUCUGCGGGUCUACUUUCAGGCAUGAGAGUAACUCAAACGAUUCCCAAGGCAUAAGAAAAUGGACCUCAUUCUUCUGGAAUCUGCGACAUUGGAAAUGAAGCUAACCACUCUUUAUUGCACCCCACGAUCCCACAGCCUUGUACAAAGAAUUUUAUUGCAUGUGUGGAAGCCACUAGUGUUAUGCUUCCAUCACGAUGACAGACAGGCUAGCUUCCCAAACAGUAGCAUUGACAGCCUGCCAUAGUUCCUCAGUUAUGUACUUUGAAUAGUAACAUUUCCAAACUGUCCCUUAGCCUAAAUGAAAAUAAAGUGGUUGCUAAAAUA